UAUAUAAACCCUUGUCCAACCCUUGUACUCGUUCGUGCCAAAGUACAAAGCUUGUACAAUAACAAUCCUCUCUUCAAACUAUCACCUCUCUCUCAAUCUCAAACCUAAACAUUACCAAAAAAAAUAUAUUCAACUUUGAUUUGAUUUAGUUCACUAGACUUUUUUACUUUCACAAGCUAUUUUGCAAAGUCUCUAGAGUCAUCAAUAGUUACUACAAUGAGCAACAUGAAGAACAAAACAGCAAAUUUGUUAAAGCAAAUCAUUGCCGAUUUAACCUCAAUGACAAAGUCAAAAACUAUGUCUUUAAAGUCCAAAACAAAUACCAUCAAAGCUCGUUCAAUUAUACUCUCAGUCAUGAACAAAAAGUUCCUUAUGAGUUCAAUUUCAGAGAAGUUUCAUUCUGUUUGGGGGAGCCAUUCUCAUCAUCACUUCAAAGAAGAUUGUUUAAUUGAAGAAGGUGGCAAUUUUGAUGAUCACAAUAAAGCCCUAGUUGUGUAUAACAACAAAGGUCACAGUUAUGAAGCGUUGCGAAAUCCAAGUGAAACACAAGUUGUGGAUGAACAACAAGACCAAGGAGAUGGAUAUGAUAGUUACUAUGGUUAUGGAGAUGAUGAUGGCAAGUACCCUGACUUGACUCACACUCUUUUUGAUUUUGAAGGAUUGGAUUUUGAUGGCUCAGUGAUUGAUAAGGUGAAGAUUUGCAAGGAAGAAGCAGGGAAAGAGUUUAAACUUGAGGAUGAUAUUGAUGAAGUUGCCGAUCUUUUUAUUAGGAGGUUUAAAAGAAAUAUAAUUUUGCAAAAACAAGAUUCAUUGAGGAGGAGGAGGGAAACCGUGCAAAAGGGUACUUAAAUUUUGAUAUGCAUUCUUAAUUCAACGACUCUUCAGCUAUCGAAAUACACAAAAGCUCAAGCUCGUCUUUCUUUGCCUUCGAAAUCUAGACUGACGAGUCAUCAAUGUUGAUUGGACGAUUCAGAUGCGACCGACUAUGUGCAGUCCCAAGUAUUGCACAUAAUCCAAAUAAGAAUUUUAGAUGCCUAUUUACCUUAGUCUUUAUAGGCUCAAUAUUACAUUUUGUUUCAACUAUAUACCACCAUGAAUCUUCAUGAUUUGUUUGUCAUCACUUAUCGCUUGGCAUUGAAUGAGCUAAGAAGUCUUUCUUGGACUAUAUUGCAACCAUUAGUGUCACCAUUGCUGUAGAAUGGAUUCCUUGUGAUAUAAUGUGAUACAAAUUAACAUC